CAACCACAGCGGGGCUCUGGCAACAGCCCACGCAUUUUGCAGCGCCGCGGCUCCGAAGCCACCGCCCAGAGCGUCCCUUUCCUCUUCGCUGAAGUUUUUUUUUAAUACAGCUUGCGAUUCCGAAGAAGCGAGGAAAGUGCCUGGUAGGACUGAAGGCUGCCUUUGUCCUUUUCCCUUCCAACCCACUCCCUCUCCCGGGUCUCCUCUCCGGGUGCUGUCGGCACUCUCCUUUCCACCGUACCCCCCUCCCCCAAGUCGGCCCAGCUCUGCCAGCCCGUUUGAGAAGUGGUAACUCCCUUUGGCUGCAGGCAGGCGAGCUUACUGCUUCUUGCAAAGAUUGCUCUGGGGAACUGGGCGACUGGGGAGCGUCUUUGGCACUGCUGCGGGACUUGGCUGGUUAGGCGGGACUAGGGAUUGGCCCCCAGGUUUCCCUUACUCCUUCUCCACCUCCCCCUGCAUGGCCCUCCCCAGUCAGUUUGUUGGGUCAGAGAUCAAACCAUGAAAAGGCAUUCGGGACUUCAGUAACCAAAAACAAAACAAAACAAAACAAAACCUAAAAGGAAGGAGGGGGGGACUAGAAAAAAAAGCACAUUGAAAACAAAACUAAUUGAUUUCUAUUUGCACCUGCUUCAGUGGACGCUGUAUUUGGAAAACCGGGGACUCGCUUUUUUGUUUUUCCUUGAAAAUUUGAGCAUCUUUUGCUUCUGACGCCGCCCCCCCCCCCCGAUAUUCAAGAACAGACUGUGCCUAGUAGACCAGAGCCCGUCCUGUAGGGAUUCUGCUCUGUAGGAGUCCUGCACUUUCAGAUCACUUUUGGGUGGCCAUUCCUGCAAGUUUCCUUCCCAGGAGCUUCCUGCAGGUGGGCUGCCAGGCUGUAGCGACUGCGCAUCAAAGCCUGUUGAACUCUUCUCAGCAAAAGAGGAGGCGGAGUAAAAGAAUUGAGUGUGAGAUUCAGUCAAGAUCAAAGAUGGAGGUGCAGUUGGGGCUGGGGAGAGUCUACCCCCGGCCACCAUCCAAGACUUAUAGAGGUGCUUUCCAGAAUCUGUUCCAGAGUGUGCGCGAAGUGAUCCAGAACCCUGUGCCCAGGCACCCCGAGGCCUCCAGUGCAGCACCUCCAGGCCUCCGUUUGCAGCUGCAGGAGGCAAACCCGCAGCAGCAGCACCAUCCGAAUGAGGAUAGUCCUCCCCAAAGCCAGAGGAGAGACUCUACUGGCUACUUGACCUUGAAUGAAGAACAGAAUCCUUCACUUCGAGCAACCACUGAGGACCACCAGGAGAGCAGCUGCAUAUCCGAGUCCAGAGCUGCCACUGCCUCAGGCAAGGGGCUGCAUCCACCACCAGCUCCUCCGGACGAGAAUGACUCAGCUGCCCCAUCCACGUUGUCCCUGCUGGGUCCCACUUUCCCGGGCUUAAGUAGCUGCUCGACCGAUCUCAAAGAUAUCCUGAGCGAGGCAGACACCAUGCAACUCUUGGAGCAGCAGCAGCAGCAACAGCAGCAACAGCAGCAACAACAAGAGGCGAUAUCAGAAGGUAGCAGCAGCGGGAGAGUGAGGGAGGCCGCUGGGGCUCCCACUUCCUCUAAGGACAGUUAUCUAGCGGGGACCUCCACCAUCUCCGACAGUGCUAAGGAGUUGUGUAAGGCAGUGUCGGUGUCCAUGGGCUUGGGUGUGGAGGCACUGGAACAUCUGAGUCCUGGUGAGCAGCUUCGGGGGGAUUGCAUGUACGCACAGCUCUUGGGUGGUCCACCCGCUUUGCGCCCUACUUCUUGCGCUCCACUCGUUGAAUGCAAAGGUUCUCUGUUGGAUGACGGUCGGGGGAAGAGCACCGAAGAGCCCAGUGAAUAUCCACCUUUCAAAGCAGGUUAUGCCAAAGGACUGGACGUGGAGAGUCUGGGCUGCACCGGCAGCAGCGAAGCUGCGGGCUCCGGAACCCUGGAACUACCUUCUACCCUGCAGCUUUACAAGUCUGGAACACUAGAGGAAGCAGCCUCCUAUCAGAGCCGUGACUACUACAACUUUCCAAUAGCUCUAACGGGGCCGCCACCCCCUCCUCAUCCUCACGCCCGCAUCAAGCUGGAGAACCCCCUGGACUAUGGCAGCGCCUGGGCUGCCGCAGCAGCACAGUGCCGCUAUGGGGACCUUGCAAGCCUGCAUGCUGGAGGUUCUGCAGGCUCAGGCACAGGCUCAGGCUCGCCGUCAGGAGCUGCCUCAUCUUCCUGGCACACUCUCUUCACCGCUGAAGAAGGCCAGCUAUAUGCACCCUGUGCUGGGAGCAGCAGCAGCAGCAGCACCGGGGAGAUAGGGGCUGUAGUCCCCUAUGGCUACACUCGUCCACCCCAGGUACUAACAGGCCAGGAGAAUGACUUUCCUCCACCUGAUAUGUGGUAUCCUGGAGGGGUGGUGAGCAGAGUGCCCUACCCGAGUCCCAGCUGUGUCAAAAGCGAAAUGGGCCCCUGGAUGGAGAGCUACCCUGGACCUUAUGGUGAUAUGCGUUUGGAAGCUGCCAGGGACCAUGUUCUGCCCAUCGAUUAUUACUUUCCACCCCAGAAAACCUGCUUGAUCUGUGGAGAUGAAGCUUCUGGAUGUCACUAUGGAGCUCUCACUUGUGGAAGUUGCAAAGUAUUCUUUAAAAGAGCUGCUGAAGGGAAACAGAAGUAUCUGUGUGCCAGCAGAAAUGAUUGCACCAUUGAUAAAUUCCGAAGAAAGAAUUGUCCAUCUUGUCGCCUCCGGAAGUGCUAUCAAGCAGGGAUGAGUCUAGGAAGUCGGAAGUUGAAGAAACUUGGUAAUAUAAAAGUACAGGAUGAAAGGGAGUCUUCCAGUGCCAACAGCCCCACUGAGGAAACUACCCAGAAGUUGACAGUCUCACACAUUGAAGGCUAUGAGUGUCAGCCCAUAUUUCUGAAUGUUCUGGAAGCCAUUGAGCCAGGCGUGGUGUGCGCUGGUCAUGACAACAAUCAGCCAGACUCUUUUUCAGCCUUGCUUUCUAGCCUUAAUGAACUAGGAGAGAGACAACUUGUUCACGUGGUCAAGUGGGCCAAGGCCUUGCCUGGCUUCCGCAAUUUGCAUGUGGACGACCAAAUGGCAGUCAUUCAGUACUCUUGGAUGGGAUUGAUGGUGUUUGCCAUGGGCUGGAGGUCCUUCACCAAUGUCAACUCCAGGAUGCUCUACUUCGCUCCUGACCUAGUUUUCAAUGAGUAUCGCAUGCACAAAUCUCGGAUGUAUAACCAGUGUGUCAGAAUGAGGACUCUUUCUCAAGAAUUUGGAUGGCUCCAAAUAACACCCCAAGAAUUUCUCUGCAUGAAAGCACUGCUGCUUUUCAGCAUUAUUCCAGUGGAUGGACUGAAAAAUCAAAAAUUCUUUGAUGAACUUCGAAUGAACUACAUCAAGGAACUUGAUCGUAUCAUUGCAUGUAAGAGAAAAAACCCCACAUCCUGCUCAAGGCGCUUCUACCAGUUAACCAAGCUCCUGGACUCUGUGCAGCCUAUUGCAAGAGAUCUUCAUCAGUUCACAUUUGAUUUGCUUAUCAAGUCCCACAUGGUGAGCGUAGACUUUCCAGAAAUGAUGGCAGAGAUCAUAUCUGUGCAAGUUCCCAAGAUUCUUUCUGGGAAAGUCAAACCAAUCUAUUUCCAUGCCCAGUGAAACUUUGACAUCCAUUAUUUCUUCAUUAUCACCCACUCUCCUUUUUCAAAUAACUUCUGCCUAUUAUAA